AUGGAAUUGAAUGAGCUUCGUCUUGCAGCUCUGUUAAGUCAAAGAAAAUUUCCUUUGCAAUCUUCUACAUGUAUUUCUAAAGAAUCUAAUGUGCCAAAACAAAUAAAUGGAAAUGAACAGAAAAAUGACCAGAGUAUGGAUGAAAAAGAAGAAGGGGAGAUUAGUGAUAGUUCAGUUCCUGAAAAGAACUCUACAUAUGCUAAUAAUGUUGGAAGACCAUCUUUGAAAAAAAUGGGUUACAUAAAUAAAAUGCCUUACAAGAAGUAUUCUCGAGUGAAAAAUAAUACGACAUUUUAUUCAAAUUUAUAUCAAUCUAUUAUUUCACAAAAUAGUUCAAAUAUUAAACUUGAAGGAAAGCUUGCUGUUCAAUUUUUAUCUUCUCAAGGGAUUUCUUUUGAAUAUUUGGUUCAUUUAGGAAUAAAUAAGGAAUUUCUUCAUAAAAUAUUUGUAGAAGCUGGUUUAUCUUUACCAGGCGUAGAAACUUCUCAAAAGGAAGAUAAUUUCAAGGAAAAAAGUAAUAUAAAUACUGAUUUAAAGGACAAUGAUAAAGAGUGUACAAAGAUUGCUUCAAAAAAUCAAGAUAAUUGCAUUGUUGAUCAUAAUAUUAAAUCUUUAAAUGCAUCUAAUCUGAAUGAUAAUUCUUCUAAAAAAAAUCAACAUCUAGAUUCUGAUUCUUUUUUGCAAAGUAUUCGGGAUUCUAUAGAUAAAAAAAUGCAGAUGUCAGGAAAUAUACAAAAAAAAGUUUCUGUUUCUCAUAAAAGAAAAUACAUUUCAACAGUGGAUUCAGGUGAUGAACGUACUUUCGUAUCACGGAAAAAGUUUGGUUCAGAAUCUGCUGCUUCAGUUGUAAUUGAAUUUUCGGAUGAUGAAAAUGAUGAAAAUAUUGAUAAUAUUAAUAAAGAUGAUACUACUAAUAAAUCAAAAAAGUUUUUUAAAGUGGAGGAUAUACAAAAGGAUGCUAUUAAAAAAUUGAAACAAAAAGAAGAAGAAAUCAAACAUAUGAUGGAAAUAAUUGCUAGAUUAGAAAGUUCAAAAAAAAAGAAAACAAACCCAACAGAAGAUACUAGUUAUAUCUCAAUCUCGAAUACAGCAAGUAUUGAUAACGGAAAUUUGCCCAAGCAUGAUAAUAAUCAAGAAAAAGAUAUAUUUAAAGAUUUCGACAAUGGACAAAAUAAGGCUACAUUUUAUGAAAAAGAACAAACUCUUCAAGAAGAUUUAGAAAAAGUUAAUGUACAGCUUUUUCAAAAAGAAUUAUUGGUUCAGAAACUAAAAAAUGAACUUAGCGAAGCUGAAUUAUCAUUUCAAAAGCUACUUCAAGAGAAAUCUGAUAUUGAAGUGCAAUUGAAGGAUGCUAGGGUAGCUCUUGAUUCUGUUGAUAAAUUUAAGCAGGGUAUGGGAGAUGAAUUAAUGAAAGAUUUAACAGAUUUUUGUUCUAUACCUAAAAAUUUGACUACUAUUAUGAAUUCCAAAAAUGAAAUUUCCGUUUCAUCAACUAAUGCUUUAUUAUCUAAUCAAGAUAAUUAUGAAAAGAUUGAAACUUCUAGUCUUUUUAAUAGCGAAGAUAAAAUUGGUGUUGUUAAAAAGGGGUUUGAGUCAUCAGAGAAAACUGUAUUUCUUUCUGUUAAACAUGAUGAGAUUAGUAAAAAUUUGGAAAAUAAUGACGUUGUUAUUGAAACUAAAAAAUCUAAUGGCAGCUUUAAUACGCUGACUAAUACACAUGAAUCAUUUGAAACUUUUAAUUGUAAUGAAGGUGACCUUUCAAUGAAUUUAUCUGUUAAUCCUCAAAAGAAUGUAGUUGUCAAUCCACAAGAAUUAAAAGAUACAGUUAUUGAUGAGAAUAGUUUCGUUUCGUAUAAGCAAUAUUCUAGUCCACUUCGAAUUUUUCAUGCAUUUCGAUUUCAUCCUUACUUUUUGUCAUGGGUAAAAGGAGGAUUUCGUUCGCGAACAUAUAGUACACGUUCUGAUCCUAAUAAAAAAUUGUGUUUUUUUGAAACAGCAGGAGGAGUAUGCAAUGAUGAUUCGUGUAAAUUUUUACAUUUUAAAGAUAUUGGACAAACAGAUGAUCAACUACUUAUAGAGAUGAGUUCACUACUUGUUGGUGAAACAGAAGAAGAACAGCAAAAUUAUCGUGCGGGUUUACGUGCAAUCAUUCAGGCUUUGCGUACAUCUCAUUUUCAAGAUAUUACAAAAGUUGCUCAAUCAAUUAUUAAUUAUCGCAGACAAUUUCUUAAAGAUGAAUCCCGCAUUGUUCUUUUUUAA